AUUCAUGUUAAUUUCUUCACAAACAUAUGUUGCUCUGAGUGUUGUUGAGGAUCAGGAUAAGCUUUUCCAUGGCCGCACCUUCGCUUUCCUCCGCUCUCAAUUCCCUCUCCCUCUCCGCCUCUUCCCGCUUCUCUCUCCUCCCUUCGCCGCCGCACACCGUCUCCCUCCUCUUCGCCAAACCCCAACACCACCCCUCCCUCCUCUGCGCCAAAUGCAAACCCUCCGAUGACAUCGACACCUCCUUCUUCGACAACGUCAACCCAUUGGAAGACAUUGACUUCAACCCCCCAGAGCCCCCGGAGGGAUUUGUCGCCCCUCCCUCCUUCGACGAUGGCCCCCUCGAGACGGAGGACGAGAUCGCCGCAGCCUAUGAGGAGCUCUACGGCCCCGCCUUCAGCGGCGUUUCCGUGCUUGGGAAUGACGUCUUCGAAACGGACGCCCUGGUGAAGCAGGACACGGGGUUCGGGUCCGGCUCGAAGAAGGAGAAGGUCCGCGACGGGUUCGAAGAGAGGGUGGUCCAGGUGAGGAGGGUGACGAAGGUUGUUAAGGGAGGGAAGCAGUUGCGCUUCAGAGCUGUCGUCAUUGUCGGCGACAAGAAGGGCCAAGUCGGCGUCGGAGUUGGCAAGGCCAAGGAAGUCGUCGCCGCCGUUCAGAAGUCGGCCUCCAAUGCCAGGAGGAACAUCGUAAAGGUGCCAAUGACUAAGUACUCCACUUUUCCCCACAGAUCUGAUGGAGAUUAUGGAGCAGCGAAGGUGAUGCUUAGACCUGCUUCUCCCGGUACUGGAGUUAUUGCAGGUGGGGCUGUGAGAAUUGUUCUUGAAAUGGCGGGAGUUGAGAAUGCUUUGGGAAAGCAACUAGGGAGUAAUAAUGCACUGAACAAUGCCAGAGCAACCGUUAUUGCUGUGCAGAAAAUGAAGCAGUUUCGAGAGGUUGCUGAGGAGCGCGGUAUUCCCAUGGAAGAAUUAUGGAAGUAAUGGAUUUCAAUCUUUGUGAUAUAGAGCUGCUCAUAGUUCUUGUCAAGGAACUGAAACAGUAUUCAAUUUUUUUAAUGUUUUCUGAAAAAUGAAUAGUUUCUUCAAAAAAGAGCUACUCCUUCUGAUUGAUUAGUAUAUUCUUUACCUGCCUGUUUGAUUUGUCCAA